CACCGCGUCCAGUCUCCCGUGGAUGCUGCGCUCAACCGCCGCCCAAGCUCUGAUAAGCUCCCAAAGCUCGCACUUUCGCUGAUAACACCCGCGCUCGCUCGCACUCCUUUGUUGCCCAUGCGUUUUUUGUCUCCUCCAUUGUCCGCGGGUCGCCCUGUUGAUCCCUAAUAAGCCGCGCUUUAAUGACCGCACUUCGCCAUACAGCACCCACUCAUAUUUUCGCAAAAUACGUUUCUGAGUGAUUCUUCGGCUACUGAUAACGCGAAACUUUUACUGAUAACACACCCUGUAGCUUCGUGAAAAGUGGUUUUCUCGUAUAUUAUUCAACCGACAUUUGUUGUAUUCGAUUUGCUCUUUCAGCUGCUGAUUACGUGAAAGCUCAAUUUUUCCGAAUUUUGUCCUGGUGCGUGUUCGGGUUUUGUGAAUAGAAUUUCCUCGUUUUGAAGACUAAAAAUAUCUAAAAAAAAUUAGUGCGUUGUGUGUAAUCCAUGCCAGCUCAUCCGUGCACAAUACUUUACGCCUACUUUGGAAUAGCUGCCUCCAAAGCUUUUAAUAAUGCGGAUUACGGUGCAAAAACUUUGAUUUUCUUUGUUCGUUGUCUCCGCCACGGCAAAGGCUUCUAAGAAUUUAAAGCGAUGACUUUCCUCCUGAAAUUCUGUUUUUGAAUCGCGUAGCUUUGUAGUUCGUGGCUCAUAUGAUUUGUACUUUUUAACAAAGGUCUUUUCAACUCAAUAUUGAAAAGCAGGUCUCUCUGAGAAUUUGGAUUAUAUAACAAUUCCAGUAGCACACGUGUUGUAUGCCUGGGAAAAACUCAUUGAAUUCGUUGCAACUCCAUGAUGCAUAGUAAUUUUUUACGAAAUGAUUACUGCUGGCAUUAAAACACAAAGUUCAAGUCGGGAUUCUCCGAAGUUUUUUUUAAAAAAUCUGCUUUUGAACUCAAAGCUUGCCUCGAGGUAGUUAAGUAACAACCGCGACUUCUCUUGUAAUAAUUCAGAUGAUCUAUCACAUACUUCUUUUUUGCUCAUACUAGCAUAAUUUUUGACGCAUUAAGCUUAUCGACCUACAUCAAAAUUCAGCCUUUAAAAUUCAAUAAACUCAUUUUUUUUUGUACUUAAGUGAUACCAGAAAGUAUAACUAAUGUUUAUCAUUUCUAUUUCCAUUUUUUAUCAUUCCCUUUAACGAUAAAAGGAUAGAGGGAAUUUUCAAAUUUAUCUAAGUUCGUCCCUUGAAAUGUGUAAAUAAAGUAUCGUAAUUAAGUCGGCAUCUAAUCGUCGAGAUGCUCCCUUCUUUUCUUGAUUGCGUGACUGAAUUCUUUGAUAACUUAACAAUAAUGAUUUGUGCGUUUAAACUAAAAUCACAAGAGUGAAUUUGAACUUACUUGAGGGUAUAUUUUUGUGCGGGAUUGCCCUAAUUCAACUACGGCUGUGAUAAUCGAAGUGGUGCAAACUGGAUCUUCAACAAAAAAAUCUGACGGAGAGUUUCAUCAGGAACGGAGGACUAUGCGAGCCUUCAGGGUGCAGUGGCGGAGCUGACAACGUGAUGUCUUGCCGGCUGGCUGACCUGUCCGGACUCACUCGGAUGAAGAAGACACAGGAUGAGCACAUUAAGCGUCCCAUGAACGCCUUCAUGGUUUGGUCGCGUUUGCAGAGGCGGAAAAUUGCUCAAGACAAUCCCAAAAUGCACAAUUCAGAGAUCUCCAAGCGUCUAGGUGCAGAAUGGAAACUACUAACAGAAAAUGAGAAGAGACCUUUUAUAGACGAAGCCAAAAGACUACGUGCAAUGCAUAUGAAAGAACACCCGGACUAUAAAUAUAGACCUCGAAGGAAACCAAAAACGCUCAGGAAAGAUGGUUAUCCCUACAGUAUGCCAUACCAAUCUGUACCUAUCGACGCUCUCAGAGCAGGCAUCAGUCAAGUAGGAUCCUACUAUAAUCCUUACGGAUCUCUAGGAAUGGCAGCGGCAAUGACUCAGCAGUCAAUAUCAGGGCUUCCAACACCAUCAACACAGAUGGUUCCUGGUUCUAUGGAGGCAAUGAAAUAUUCGCUGGAGGCAGCCGAAAAAUUCAGACCCCCAUAUCUACCGGCCUCGACCCUAGCCAUGUCUAUGUAUCCUGAUCAGAAAUAUUUAGACUCGUCAGCUAGCGGCUACACGUCGUACUUAGACACAGCUUUCACCAAAGCGUAUCUAGAAUCGUCCAAGAUGGUCGGGUCGUACAUGAUGGAGUCCGCAGCGGCGGCGGCAGCGUCAAGUAAGCACUACUCGUCACUGGACCUUGGGAAAUCCAUCUCGGAGACAGCGACCCGGAGCCCAUCGCAAACCCCGGACGACGAAGGGAAGGCGGAGGAGCACUCUUCCUCCUCGACCUCCUCUUCCGCCUCUCCGGCCACCUUACCCUGGUACCCGCACCCCCCACCCACGCCCUCCACAGCUCCCUCCGGCACCCCUUCCGGCCUUGGCAUGGGGGGCCUCGUCCCCUUUUCGCAGUACGCAAACGGACCUCACUCCGCAGCUCACUACCAAUCGGCCCCUUCGGCCGCCUCUUCCGACUUCAGGAGACCUCUUUCUGUUAUUUUCUGACCGGAGAAUUGGAGUUAGACCCUCGUCAAUCAGGCACCAGUGGCGUGGCGUGAAUGAUCGAUCGUCGAUAUUUCCCAUUUGAAGCUAUGGUAAAGAAUCGAUUAUUAAGGUGUUCGUUGCGAACACCCUGUUUAUCGAUCUUUUUUCAUAGGUUCAAAUGGCAGAUCAAUCGAUAUAUCGCAAAGCACGCCUAUCAUAUAGAUAGACGUCGCCUCGUCACUGAUUUACCCACAUGCAUAGGUGCUUUCAUGAACUUGUCCUCGGACUCGGUUCAAUUUUAACUCGGCCUUCGGUCCGUAUAAUCUGAAUGUCGAAUAGCCAGAGAGCUUUUCAAAAUGACUUACGUAUUCUGAUUGAAUUCGGUGCGUCCAUUAAUUUUUAUGGUACAUGUAUCAACGCAGUAACUCCUGCGAACCCAUAUUUGUCUACUAGUAUUUGAUAGAAAAAAACCCAAAACGCAUAUUCGUGAAUCAAAGAAUAUCCGAAUAGUGUAUAAUUCCAUCUAGGUCCAUUUUUUUCUAUCGCAUAAAAGGAAGGGUUAUUCUCUCUCAGCAUUAUGAGGCUGUUAUCGUAUUGUUGGCCGAAGGAUAUAAAAAUAGUUGGGUUUUGGAGCGGAUUAAAUGUUCUAUAUCCUAUGUAAAUAAAUAAUUCGAUCCUGUCAUUAAUAUGGCAUAAUUCGCGUAUUCUUCGUUGAAUUUGAUACAUUGAUUCUUUUUUUCUUGUAAAAUAUACUUCUUGCUGUUUACAAAUGUAGCAUGGAUGUACGCGUCAAGAUUCUUCUAAAGAUCGAAUUCCGUAGUUUCUUAAUAUUUCUGAUUGAUGAAUUGACUUUGUAUUAUACCAAUUUCCAUAAAUUUCGAAUAACAAGAGUCUGAUCGGCACUACCUAGUACCUGUUUGUUCCGUGCUACCGAGUAAAACAGCAAAGAUUUGUGCAAUCAGCCACAUCCAUAAAUUUUUCCAAAUACCUACCAAUUUAUAAUAUAUUCCAAAUCUUUACUGUGCAAUAGUAUUGGUAGGAAAUACGUAAUUUACGGAUUUGGGCGUUCCCCUGGAAAUUUUUGACAAUUUUUUUUGACAAAAUCUUGCGAGACAAAAUCAGAAUAAAAUAGAAAGAAAUAAAAUUCCUCAUCGUGGUUUCAAUGAAAGGGACUAUUCAGGGACCGAGAAACCCCAGCUCAGGUCUUGGCCAACUCUGUUUUUUUUUCAGAUUCUACCUCAAAAAAUGUAUUGAGAGAAAUUAUUCUAAUAAAAAUUAUGUUGUAAAAUAUUGUAAUUAUUAUGUUAAUCUGUUACGCUAGUCUUGGUUUAUAUUCUAUGCUACUGUCUUAAAACUUGUCAUUCGUUAGCGAUCGACAUUCUCUUUAAUCAUCAAAAUUAAGUAAUUGUCGGUAGAUUUUAUUACUCAGAAUGAAAAAUUUCACGAGGAACGUCUCGAUAAACUUUCACAGUGUUACCCGUUGUACAUAAACUUUUUAGAUCAUUCGUAUUCUUACUGUGUUUCUCACUGAACAAAUUUCAUCAUAACUUACGGUCACCUCGUAACACUUAUUUUUACAUGGAAACUGGCUUCGCUCUACUCGCCUCGUAGAGGGACCGAUAGUUAUUCUUUUUCUUAAUGAAUUAAGAAUUUCAAUUUUGGAGGAAGAUAACUUUUCUCUGAUGAGAGGGCGUUACAUUUUGUAGCCGACAAGUCAAAAGAGGUUGAGGAGAUUAAUUAAUCCCAUCUUCUGCACAAUUUUCUCCUCAAAAAGGUAAUAUUUCCCUUAUAAUUUAGUGAUAAUAAAUACAAAAUAAAUAAAAUAAAUAAAUAAAUAAAUAAUAAAUAAAAUUUGGUGAUAAUUAUUCAUUACUUUGUUUUUCACUAAGAAAAUUUCGUAUAUCCUCAUUUCGGAAGAGGACAAAACAUUUACAAAAUUCCAGCUAGCGCAAGACAAAAUUAGAGUUCUGCUGAAAAGAGCACUUCGAAAAACACAUUUUUUUUUUUGUAAAAUAUAUAAACGUACUUUUUAAGUAUAUAAUGUAUUGUUGUUUUGUUACAAUAUGAGCAAAUAAAGUUACAUUUGAAUUCAAA